AGGCCCGGCUUGCCCGGACUGGGCUGAUGGAAAUGGUCUGUCCUGUGUCCUUCUGACAGUUUGGCUGGUCCACCGCAUUCUCUGUACCCACGAUUCUGCUUUUAAGACUGCCAUCUGCGUCAUCCUCAGAGCUGCCUGCGGGGCGGGGGUGGAAUAAAGGGACUGGGAGCUCUGCAGAGGGCUUCUCAAGCCCUGGGCCCCAAAUUCAGGCAAGGCUCCGCCUCCUCAGCCUUAGUUUCCCUUCGGGAAACUGGAGAAUCUUGAUACCUCCCUGGCAUCCAGCAGGAGCUUAAUAAAUGGCCAAGUCAUUGUUGGCUUUCUAAAUAAGGCUCUGUUAGUGGCUGGGUCUGGCCGCAGUCCGAGUGUCCCCGGGCGGCCCGCCGAGGGGCGGACGCAGGGCGGACUAUAAAGCAGCGGGGACGCCCCGGGGACACCGCAGCGCAGCAGGAGCAGGAUGGAGAUCCCCGUGCCCGUGCAGCCGUCGUGGCUGCGCCGCGCCUCCGCCCCGUUGCCUGGGCUUUCGGCUCCUGGGCGCCUCUUCGACCAGCGCUUCGGCGAGGGGCUGCUGGAGGCUGAGCUCGCUGCGCUCUGCCCCACCACGCUGGCGCCCUACUACCUGCGCGCACCCAGCGUGGCGCUGCCUGCCGCCCAGGUGCCCACCGACCCCGGGCAUUUCUCGGUGCUGCUGGAUGUGAAGCACUUCUCUCCAGAGGAAAUCACCGUCAAGGUGGUUGGUGAACAUGUGGAGGUGCACGCUCGCCAUGAGGAGCGCCCGGAUGAGCAUGGAUACGUGGCUCGAGAGUUCCACCGCCGCUAUCGUUUGCCACCCGGUGUGGACCCUGCCGCCGUGACAUCAGCAUUGUCCCCUGAGGGCGUUCUGUCCAUCCAGGCCGUGCCCGUGCUGGCCCAGGCCCCACUGCCGCAACCACAGGCUGCUGCCAACUUGAGGUCUGGGCACACCUGAAGCCUGGGAACCGCCUCAGGCCACCUCUUAAAGCCGACCUGACUCCGCCCAGCCAGAUGUACCAAGCUCGCCAUGCCACCACCCCUACACCAAUCUGGGAUCCAGCCCAGACCCUUCCAACCUAGACUCGGCCCUGAUUUCACCCUCACAAACCCUCGUUUCCAAACCCAAACACCUUCCUGGCUUCCAGACCCUACAAGCCCAUCCCCACUAACCCAUUUCUUGGCCUGUAAACCCACUCAAAACCUAUUUCCUUCUCAAUAUAAAAGAAUCACUGACACCAGAUUAUGAUAUAGACAGCCCUGUUCCCAUAGGCCAAUCAAGCAUAAACCCUCAUCCCCUCUCCACAAAGUCCCAGACUGCAGACUUCCCACGCUAGAUCACCCAAGCCUGGUCUUCCCCUCAUUUUCAACCAGUCACCUUCAGACUCUUAAAUCCCUUUUCUGAUCCCGCGCCCUUGGAAAACUUAUUCUAGGCCAACCAGGACCCUCAAAAUAUAGCUAUCUUGCUCAUUUCCCCAGGCUCCGCAUAAUAUCCUAACCCUCAUCUCCAAGGGUACCCUUGUCACUUUGUCUUGACCCCUAAGUCUCUAAUCACAGGCAAUCCACUUUCCAGACUCCACCCUUAUUCUCCAAGACCCAGCCUGCAGCCACCUUCUUUGAUUUCGGUGCUGCUGGAUGUGAAGCACUUCUCUCCAGAAUUUUUCUCCCUCCCUGAAUUCCUUGCUGCCCUAUCCCUUCACUCCUCAAUAAAUGUGCUAGAGCUGUGC